CUGGAAAUCGAAGCUCUAAGCUGCCAGACGGCGGUGAAUGUGGAACUUUGCCGCAUUCAAGAACAAAAGCCGAGACAGCAUGCACGCUAUUUAUCCGCUCUACGAUAGAAAGAGCUUGUUUGCAUACUUGGCUUGGAAUCUAACACGUCCUGCGUGGAGAUGCACUGCAAAGCGCGCACGGAAAUUGAUUGUGGGUCGCCACAGGAAAAGGCCGCCAGAUGGGCGGGACACGAGGUGAAACCAACGCGAAACACCGCGAACAUACAAGUGCGAACCCGAGACGGCAUGGCUGAGGGUCGUGCCUUUCGAGCCGACCUUACCAGGGAUGACUGGGACUUUCAUGGUUACGACUUCAAGGAGCUUGAGGCCAUUUACGCCAGCGUGCUUCGCCGGCGCGCCAAGCGGGGCGUCAAAAGCAUCAGGAACCCGCGCGGGUACUACCUACUGGCAAGUCGCUACGCUCGGAAAGAUCCAUUGCCACUACACGUGAUUGAGCCAAAGCCCAAGGUCAUGGCAUCUCCAAGCAAAAAGAUCUCGUCGUUCGCCGAGGCCUACGUCGAUCCCAACAUUCUAGAGUACAUCCGCUGCGAGUGGUGGCCUCUUGCCCACUUCAACCCGAUUCUCUUCAAGCGCAAUCAUAAUAUUCCUAUUACGAAGGACGACUACAUUCGUUUUAGUGCCAAGCUUUUUCGAGGUCUACUUCCCGAUAUCGGUUUUCCAGAAGUGCUGCACCUCGUCGAGAACGAUUGGGCGAUCGACUUGCUCGUGGGUGCUUCGGCAACAACUCCAUUCCCAUCCCUCAUGGACAUUCAUCCAUUUACCAUUUCGCUUUUGGAUUUGGCCACCGCGUGCACGGCCGGCGCGCUUGACACGAUAUUUCUCUUUCUUCAAGAAGCAAAAAUCAAAUUUCGCCUCGCGCACGAAUUUGCCGAAAUCCCAAAGCUGCACUACGCGGAGCUUUCAGCACCGGACGAGACAACAUCACUCGACCCGAAUGCCGUCCUUGUCGACCACGGGAAGACUUAUACGCACUCAGUUGCACCCAACGCGUUUGCCACUGCCCCAUCCCAUCACAUUGCACUCUUCCCGACAAAACUGCCCCUCAUUGUGCUUUGCCUCGCGCUCGACAUGACGUCACGCUUGGACCUUGUUGUGCGCGCUGUCGACUCGAGUGCAGCAUCGCAAGAUGAGGUGUGGAAAGUUGAGAACAUUCCCGCAGCGCUCGUCGUGUACAAGCCCAGUGAAGCCGAUAUCACGUCGCUUCAGUUCGAGACGCUGCGCGUGCGCGUGCUGCCGGCAGCCUCUAGCUCGACCGAGACGACGUAUCACGUCACGUGUGUGUUGCAAGAGCCGGCGGCACUCGAGUUCCAAACAGACUUUUAUGGUUCCGUCGCUGCCAAGCGAGUUCGCGUGUUUGCUUUCAACCACGUGCAGCCAAACCUGGCGCAGUUAUCGCUCUCGGUCGAACCAACAUCGGCGAAAACAAGUGCUGUCUUUGGGUGCAUCUACCUCGUCAAGCACGACGUGACGGGUGUUGCGUCGUACCGAUACCAGAGCCACGCAAUAUUGCAUGGCACCGAACGCACUUACGCCCUCGCAUCGGCGCCAAUGACGGGACUCUUUUACGCGGUUCUCUUUAGUACGAUUGAGCUUCGGUUUUUGCUCUCGUACGGCGACACAGCGCCACAACCAGCCAUGUCGGUCACCGCCGUCCAGCGCCCGGCUAUGGCUGUGACUACCACCGAAGCGUCGACCGUCGCGAGUGAAACAGUCGCGGGGCAACGGACGCGCGACGUUCGUAUGGCGACCGGCCCGCUGCCGGACAUCUUUGAAGGGACCCAAAUUGAUGUCCGCGCGCGCCCGUCGUCCUCUCUACGGUCCAAAAUAUAUUCAAGCCGACUACACAGUCGCCAAGAAGCGCAAGCCAAGCUCGCCGACGCUCGUCGUGAUCACGUUCAAGAGUCGACGCCGCGUGCCCAUGCAGCGCCACAACGACCCCGUACGGCCAAUGACCGGCCAAAGCAGCGAGGGGCCGACCGAGAUGUCAACCACGACGCCGUGGCACUGCGCUCAUAUUUUGCGCACAUGGCAACGACGCAGCCGACGCUUGCAGAGCUGCGCGCGCGUGCGGCCGAGAAGGAAGCACGAUUGCACACACUCCAGAAUCUCAAGGGGCAGUUUGACAUUGUGUACAGUGACGACGAGCUUUUCAAGCAGCUAGCGCGGGCCCCUGACGCCAAGCUGGUGCUCGAACAUGGUGUGUUUAGCGCUGAGGAGUAUCAAUCCACGGCCACAUACCUCGGGGACCUUGUGGAUGGUUCGCAUGUCAAGGUCGCGCUUCAAGAGAAGCACAAUACGACGCUGGAGCGCUAUGUCGCUAGCCCUACAAAGGCUUUCGAGAGCCCUGACGAAGUCGGCGACGAGCAUCACAGCCUCGUUCAUGAAAAUCUGCUUCGCUUCCCGCCACGCGUCUGUAGCCCGCGACACCGAAAGCACGCCGCGCCAAUGGUGCUACCCAAGCAACUUCUCGCAUCGGAUCUGCCGUGGCAGCCCAUCUGGCAAGUGCACAUUGAGACGCGGGAUGCUGUCGGACCGAGAAAGCCAAGUCCGCCCAAGAGUCCGUUGAAGACUGCGCGCAACGAUGUUGUCGAGACGCCAUGCACUCCAAUGGAGAUACCAAUAGUUGACGAAUUUUCCCUGCUGACGUCGAUCCUUGCACAAAAAAGCGAUCCAGAACCAAUAGAAGCACCACUGCCCGAGACGGUCGCCGAACCAGAGCCCAGCGCUCUUCAAUACCCCGAGCUGGUGAUCCCUGACUGGAAAGACCAUCCUUCUGCGAGUGCGCAUCCGCCGCGUCUCAACAAGCAAGCCAAAACCCGGCAACGAAGUCGCCACAAGUCGCUUAUCCAAAAGCUUCCGUGGUCACGGCUGUAUGCGACCGAGUCGACAGCAGUGAUGCGCUCAGCAUGGGAAGCCGCGCCAAAAUCGUGAUGAUUAUCAUCUUAUUCCGUCUUUUGCCGCUUGGCUGGCACAUCUGCCUCGUCUGUAGCCUUUGUGAAGAGCGCAAUGAAUAGACCGCCUAUGUCGUGAAGGGGCGUAAAGCGCACCGUAUGCAGUAUGUUCCCAGGCUAUAUAUUGAGUUUUGUG